UCGCUCCCCACUCCUCUCCCAAUCCCUACUGGCGCCAAGGCCCUCGACAUUUCAAAAUCGAGCUCCGCCCAUGGCCAAGAGCCCCAAGGCGACCACCAGCCGGCGGCCCACCAGAAAACGGCGGGCCUCCCCCGCUGCCGUGCCGUCCUCGGCGGACAUCGAGGACCUGGCGCCGUCGGGUGUCCUGGCCGGGCCCACCUCGGCGGCGCCCGCGCUGCGCUCGGGGUUGCUCCGGUGGUAUGACGCGCACCGGCGCGACCUUCCGUGGCGAUUCUCCGCGGCGCCGGGGCGCGAGGGCAGAGAGAAGAGGGCGUAUGCGGUGUGGGUGUCGGAGGUGAUGCUGCAGCAGACGAGGGUGCCCGUCGUCAUCGAUUACUACUCCCGGUGGAUGGCGCGGUGGCCCACCGUGGAGACCCUCGCCGCCGCCACGCAAGAGGAGGUGAACGAGAUGUGGGCCGGUCUUGGGUACUACCGGAGGGCGCGGUUUCUUCUGGAGGGAGCGAAGCAGAUUGCAGAAAAGGGGGAAUUCCCUAGCACAGCAUCAACACUUCGUCAGGUUCGCGGCAUUGGGGAUUACACAGCAGGCGCCAUUGCCUCCAUAGCCUUCAGUGAGGUCACCCCACUUGUGGAUGGAAAUGUUGUACGUGUUAUCAGCAGACUUUUUGCAAUUGCCGAUAACCCAAAAGAAUCCUCAACAGUAAAGAGAUUUUGGGAGCUUGCUGGUCAACUGGUCGAUCCAUCAAGACCAGGAGACUUCAACCAAGCAAUGAUGGAACUAGGAGCAACAUUGUGCAGCAAGACCAAGCCUGAUUGCUCCCAGUGCCCUGUCUCUAGCCACUGCCAAGCGCUUGCGCUUUCCCAUGAAAAUCCAUUGGUUGGAGUUACAGACUACCCACGGGUGGUUCCCAAAGCUAAACCACGUCGUGAUUUCGCUGCUGUUUGUGUUGUUCAAAUUGCACAAGGCUUGGAGCAAGAGACGGCAGCCGGCAAAUGUAAUUUCUUUCUCUUGAUAAAGAGGCCAGAAGAGGGCCUGCUUGCAGGGCUCUGGGAGUUCCCAUCGGUUCUUGUUGACGAACGUAAGACCGACCCGCUAAACAGGAGAAAAGAGAUGGAUAGGUAUUUGAAGCAAUUGGUUGACAUAGAUGUUGAACAGGAAUCCAAUCUGAUCCUCAGGGAGGAUGUUGGUCAGCAUGUUCACAUUUUCUCCCACAUUCGCUUGACGAUGCAUGUGGAGCUGAUGGUUCUCAAGAUCAAAGGUGAUGUGGGUCAAGCAUGCAACAAGGGACAAGAUAGCACGAAACUGAAACUCGUCGAUGAAAGUUCAAUCGAUUCCAUGGGCUUGACAUCGGGAAUUCGGAAGGUGUACAAUAUGGUGAAGGCUUUCAAGGAGAAAAAACUAUUGGAGCAAAGCCAAAUGCCCACGAAGAAAAGGAGCAGACGUCAAAAGCAGUAACAUUACCGGUUAAAUGACUUGUAAGAUUAUUUUGUAUGUACUAUCUGGGUUGCUGACUCAGCACAUCAGCGAACUGUUGCUAGAAAGGCCGUUCAAAUUUCCAGCAUUCCUUCUGAAAACUUA